AUAAAGUACACAAAUUAAUUUUUAACCACAUAACCUGAUAACCAAGCAGGUGUUAAAAACCUCAUGAAAAUCUAAUCAUACAUACGCAUAGGGCAUUUUAAAAAGUGGCAUAACUCUUGUUUUUGGUACUAACACGUUCAAAUUUUUAAGGAAGUUGUAUUUUAAUAUAUCCCACCAAAAUCUGUGGAAAACGCAGUUUCCAAAAAAGUGUUCGAAACUCCAUACUUAUGUAAUUACAAAGGCCUUAUCCAACACUUUUUUUUCGAAACUGCGUUUUUCACAGAUUUUGGUAGGAUGUGUUAAAACACACCAUCAAAAAUAAAAAAUUUUGAAGUGUUAUUACCAAAAAUACCGGAGCUACAUGCCCCUUUUUAAAAAGCCCUACCUGGAGCGAGAUUCUGUAAACAGUUAGCGACAAUUUUCGGAUCGCUAUCGCACUUUUUGACGCAUGAUAUAAAUGUUUUUGCGUCAAAAAGUGCGAUAGCGAUUCGAAAAUUUCGCUGGUUACAGAAUCUCCCUAUUUUGGAUACUUAUUUUAUAACGUUUUUUGCUUCUGUAAAAUAAAAAAUCGUUAGUUAGGGCCUUUGUGAAAUAAAUUGAUGAUAUAUAUGUACAUAUAAGCUGUUCAGUGCACAAAUUGAUUAACUCCAGCAACCAAAAGUUGGGAGAUGCGAUCAAAUGUACAUUAUUUUUUAAUAUUCCAUUUAUAUUAUUAAAUCAAACAAAUAAUGUUAUAAAUAUUAUGUACUAUUUUAUUUUAUAUAAAGUUAUUAUAAAGGUAAUAAGUUAUGACUAUACUAAGUGCUUUGACACUUAAAUUUAAGAUUUUUUUAGAAAAAGGAGUUAAUCGAUGUAUGCACUGAUCGGCUCAUAUAGAUUGAGUGUUCAUGAAUCAACGCAAGCGAAAAUAUUAAAAAUAUAAUUAGUGCUAUAACAAAAGAAAAUAUAUUUAAUGAGAUAUUCCGCAAUUGAAAUAAAGAAAAUAAAAUAGCAGAAUGCAUUGUGAUAAUACGAAAACAUCAUCAGAAAUAGAACACGUUGAUUGGAGCACUGGCACCGGCUCAGGACAUCACUAUGCUAAUGUCAGAUUCGGUUCCGGGAGCAGUCAGGCAUCUCAGAGUAGCGGCGAUAUUUGUCGCAUCUGCCAUUGUGAAAGUGAUCCACAAAAUCCCUUGCUGACGCCAUGUUACUGCGCGGGUAGCUUAAAGUACGUACAUCAGGCAUGUCUCCAACAAUGGCUAACUGCAUCAGAAACGAAUGCCUGUGAGUUAUGCAAAUUUCCAUUCAUAAUGCAUACAAAAAUCAAACCAUUCAAUGAGGUAAGUAAUUGAAGUUUAAUACGGGUAAAAAUGUAA